CUGAGCAGGUGGGAGGAGACGGGAAGCUGAGCCAGAGCCGGUACCGGGGAGGUGGCCGGGCGUGGAAAGUGACGCGGAGCUGAGUCGUCCCCACACCUUUCCACCCUCGCCCGCAGCCUUCCUGCCCGGCCCGGCCCCCCAUUCCUCGGCCCCCAAUCCCGGGUCCGGUCCAGCCCCCUCUCCUUGGGCUCGACCGGCCCGGACGCCGCAAUGACCGUCACGUACACAGCUUGCGUGGCGAACGCGCGCUUCGGCGGCUUCUCGAAGCUGCUGCUGCUGUGGCGCGGGAGCAUCUACAAACUUCUGUGGCGCGAGCUGCUGUGUUUCCUUGGGCUCUACAUGGCGCUGAGUGCCGCCUAUCGCUUCGUGCUGACCGAAGAGCAGAAGCGCUACUUUGAGAAGCUCGUUCUUUACUGCGACCAGUACGCCAGUCUCAUCCCGGUCUCUUUUGUCCUCGGCUUCUACGUAACGCUGGUGGUGCACCGCUGGUGGAACCAGUACCUAUGCAUGCCCCUGCCCGACGCGCUCAUGUGCGUGGUGGUCGGCACAGUGCACGGGCGCGACGAGCGCGGCCGCCUCUACCGACGCACGCUCAUGCGCUAUGCAGGGCUCUCUGCUGUGCUUAUCCUGCGCUCUGUCAGCACCGCUGUCUUCAAGCGCUUCCCCACCAUAGACCAUGUGGUGGAAGCAGGGUUUAUGACCCGCGAGGAGCGCAAGAAGUUCGAGAACCUGAACUCAUCCUACAACAAGUACUGGGUGCCUUGCGUCUGGUUCUCCAACCUGGCGGCGCAGGCUCGGCGCGAGGGCCGCAUCCGCGACAACGGCGCCCUUAAGCUGCUGCUGGAGGAGCUGACUGUGUUUCGGGGCAAGUGUGGGAUGCUCUUUCACUACGACUGGAUUAGCGUACCCCUUGUCUACACCCAGGUGGUGACCAUCGCUGUGUACAGCUACUUCCUGGCCUGCCUCAUCGGUCGCCAGUUCCUGGACCCGGCGCAGGGCUACAAAGACCACGACCUGGACCUGUGCGUGCCCAUCUUCACCCUGCUGCAGUUCUUCUUCUACGCGGGCUGGCUCAAGGUAGCUGAGCAGCUCAUCAACCCCUUCGGAGAGGACGACGAUGACUUUGAGACCAACUUUCUGAUCGACCGCAACUUCCAAGUGAGACUCUCUCGAUUAAGACCAUCCCUGGGCUCCCAAAGCGGCCCUGGCCCCACCCCUGCUAAGACUCGCUCAGACAUCGCCCCUGAUCCAUCCUUCUCUCUUUGGUCACCACACUCCUACCCAUCCACAGGGGCCCACCCUGCGGUGCCGGCGCUUUUCCAUGCCCCACUCUUCCCCGCGUAUCCUCGCCCGCAGGUGUCAAUGCUGGCCGUGGACGAGAUGUACGACGACCUGGCCAUGCUGGAGAAAGACCUGUACUGGGACGCAGCUGAGGCUCGCGCUCCCUACACCGCGGCCACCGCCUUCCUGUUGCAGCAGCCCUCCUUCCAGGGCUCCACCUUCGACAUCACGCUGGCCAAGGAGGACAUGCAGUUCCAGCGGCAGGACGGCGUGGAUGCGCCGCUGAGCGAUGCACACGGCGACUUCCUGCAGCGCCUCCUGCCGGUGGGCGCGGGCAUGGCCGCUGGAGGCCUGCUGGGCCGGCGCCUGUCUUUACUGCGCCGCAAGAACAGCUGCGUGUCGGAGGAAUCCACAGCCGCCAGCUGCGCAUGCGCGGGCGCCCCUGAUGGCGCGGCCCCAGAGUGCAGUUGCGGUGACCCGCUGCUAGACUUAGGCCUGCCGGAGCCGGAGUCUGAGCCCCACGCCGGCCACGAGCCGCCAGCCCCCGGACCACCCGCCGAGCCCUUCACCGUUGUGCCAAUGCCCGGGCCCCGGGGGCCGGCUCCACCCUGGCUGCCCAGCCCCAUUGGCGAGGAGGAGGAGAGUCUAACCUGAGACCCUUGGACCCUGGAUCCCCAAGGACAGGGAAAAUGCCCCAACACCGCCCGCAAGCAGUGGUUUGGGCUUUAUAAGCUGCCUGUGGACUCUGCCCGCCCGCUUCUUACCUGCCUGCAUCCCGCCUUUACGUUUGGCACAGAGGCUUGGAGCGCCUCCUGUGGGCCAGGCACUGCACUGAGGGCAGGGUAUUCUUCCAGCAUCUUUGAACUGCCGGUCCUUACCACCAGCUCUACUUCCUACCCGCCACUGCGUGAGAGUUUUUAUCAGUGUGCCCUGCCUUUCUUCUUUCCUCAAAAUGGACAUAUGAGUGCCCACCUCAAUGAGCUGUGAGGGUGAA